ACGAGUAUAAAAGCGAACACUGGGAUUCAAGAAGCACAUUCACUUCACUAAAUUUCACCAAGAGAAUUAGAAAAGUCACCUACAAAAAUGCAUUCCGCUGUUUUUGCUAUCUUCACAGCUCAAUUAAUUGCUCAGAGCUUUGCUACUGCACUUAUUGGAGGCCCAGCUGUUGGACUUCCACCAUGCCCUUCCGUAGUUGGUGCUGGACCUGGAGUGAUUUCCGCAGAAACCACCACCAUUAAUGGGCUCGGUGGCUUGGCAGGAUUUGGUCUUGGAGGUCUUGGUUUCGCCGGCCCAGGACUUGUAUCCACUGAAUUCACUUCUGCCUUUCCAGGCUUUGGCAAUUUGGGCCUUGCAGGUCUUGGUUUAGGUGCUGCCCCAGGAGUCGUAUCCACUGAAUUCACUUCUGCCUACCCAGGUUAUGCCGGAUUGGGUCUUGGGUCUGUAUGCCCAGGCAUUAAUGCCUACCCAUUCGGCUUAGGUGGAGCUGUGACCAGCAGCGAAGUCACCACAUCAAAUGUUUUCGGUGGAUUAACCAGCGUUGGAGUUACUGGCCCAGUAGCAGGUUCCCUUGGACUUGGCGGAGUUUACGGAUACUUGUAA